AGACACUGCCUUACAUCUGGAAUCUGUGAGGAGGUGCAGGGGCCUGGCCAGCAGAGGGAGGCUGCAUGUCACUGGGGGAGGCCGGGGAGGAGGGGAGGACUGAGAUAUAUAUAGAGGCCCCUCACUAGCUGGAAGAUGAGAGAAGGAGUCACACUCUGACAUGAGGACACGCUGGGGAAGUAGUCCGCCGCCUGCAGCUCUAUGGCCCUGGAUAUGGAUUUUGUACAUUAUUCUUGUUAUGUCCCCUUUAACCGCCCCACAGAAGACUCUCGGUGAGACACGGGGCGAGGCAGUGACGGCACAAUGGCUCCUGAAUGGGCGGACGCGGAGGUCACUGGAUGCACCGGACAAGGUGCCUCCAGCUCAAGGGGAGAUCUUAGUGACGGCAGAAGGAAGACAUCUCAUCCUAGAAGUGGAGAGGAACCACCUCCUGCUUUCUCCAGGGUUCACAGAGACACAUUACACUGAGGCCGGAGAGAUGGUGACUCUGACUCCAAACCAGACAGAGCACUGUUACUACCACGGUCGGGUGAAGGGUCAUGACUCGUCUUCGGUGGCUCUUAGCACCUGCUCAGGAAUCAGUGGCCUCAUUGUCCUGAGUGCCAACGACAGCUUCUACCUCCACCCUCUGGCUGGGCCAGGCUCCAGGAACCAUAUGCUGUACCAGACAAAGCACCUGCCCAUUGAAGGAGGAAGCUGUGGACACGAAGAACACUCCAGUGCUGCCACCUCUCAUCUGGGUGACUUCAUCUCCCAGCCCGGGCAUCACAGGAUGAAGAGGAAUGUCUGGGGCGCUCAGAAGUACAUGGAGCUGUAUAUAGUCGCUGACUACUCACUGUUCAUUAAACAGAACAAGAAUCUGGGACAAACAAAGCAUCGUAUUAUGGAGAUAGCCAACUUUGUAGACAAGUUUUACAUGUCCAUGAACAUCAAGAUUGCUCUUAUCGGCCUGGAGGUGUGGACAGUGGAGAACCAGUGUGACAUCCAGGAUGACGCAAACCACAGUCUGAAAAAUUUCCUGGCCUGGAAGCAGAAACUGAGGACCAGGAAAAAACAUGAUAAUGCCCAACUGAUCACGGGAGUGACCUUCAAAGGAACGACCAUCGGGAUGGCACCCGUAGAGGGAAUGUGUUCUGCAGAUAAUUCAGGGGGAGUCAGUAUGGACCACGCAGAGCUGGCAAUUGGAGCAGCGGCCACCAUGGCUCAUGAAAUUGGACACAAUUUUGGAAUGAGUCAUGACAAGGACUCCUGUUGUGUAGAAGACACUUCUAAGCAAGGAGGAUGCAUCAUGGCUGCUGCCACUGGAUACCCCUUCCCGCGUAAGUUCAGCUCGUGCAGCCAGCAGCAGUUGCGCAGUUACUUCCAGAAGGGCGGCGGUAUGUGUCUGUUCAAUAUGCCGAACACCAAGGACCUGGUGAUGGGGAAGAAGUGCGGAAAUGGCUUCUUGGAGGAGGGAGAGCAGUGUGACUGUGGAGAGCCUGAGGAAUGUACCAAUCCCUGCUGCAACGCCAAUGAUUGCACCUUAAAGGAAGGAGCCGAGUGUGCGCACGGAGACUGCUGCCAGGACUGCAAGUUGAAAGCUGGCGGGACUCUCUGUCGCGAGAAGUCAGGAGCCUGCGACCUGCCUGAGUUCUGCCGAGGAGACAACGCCUACUGCCCGGGCAAUGUGUACAUGUUAGACGGCACUCCCUGCGCCUAUGGCGAGGCGUACUGUAUGAAUGGAAUGUGUCUGACUCACGGUCAGCAAUGUCUGCACCUCUGGGGAUCAGGAGCGCGUCCGGCCCCUGACAUCUGCUUCAUCAAUGUGAACAUGGCCGGGAAUAAACACGGGAACUGCGGGAAAGAUGGCUCGGGGCAGUUCGUGAAGUGUAAAUUCAAAGAUGCCAAGUGUGGGAAAAUCCAGUGUCAGAGCAGCGCUGAGAGACCCAAAGAUGAUAACACAGUCUCUGUGGACACCACCAUCCAGUUUAAUGGACAUGAGGUGAAGUGUCGAGGAACAUACUCCUACUCAGUGCAAGAUGACGAAAGUGACUCCUCAGACCCAGGGAUAGUCAUGACUGGGACCAAGUGUGGAGAUGGCAUGGUCUGUAAAGAUAGACAAUGUCAGAACGCUUCCUUCUUUGAAUGGGAUGAAUGUAUAGCUCGAUGCAAUGGACAUGGGGUGUGCAACAGUAACAGAAACUGCCAUUGUAAUGCCGGCUGGGGCCCUCCCUACUGUAAAACGUCCGGCCAUGGGGGAAGCAUUGACAGUGGUCCAGUCCCCGAUGACUUUGAAGAUGGUCUCAUCGUCUUCUUGCUACUCCUGUUCCUGGUUGUCCUUCCGCUUAUUGGCUUCGGGAUCUACUAUUGGUACAGAAGACCAGAUUCUCAACUAAAGAAAUGGGUCUACAAGAACAGAGCGAAGUGCAGAAUGGGAAACUCCCUUCGCCAUCCUGCGUGCAGAGGACAUUCCAAAAGUAUCUUCACGCAGCGCAGUUUUCCUCCUCCAGCUGCAUCUCCAGCCAUACAAAAGAGUUCAUGGUCCACUUUCCAUGGAAAAAAUGGAGCCUCGCAGGUCAACACUCAGCCGAUCAACAUUGUGCGUCCAAUGUUGACACCAAUCAGUCAGCCACCCAACACCAUCAUACAGCUGAAGCCAUCAAGACCUCCUCCACCAGUCAAGUCCUCCCCAAUCAUACCAACCAAGCAGGAGAGCCAGAAAACAAAGCUCCUGCCCCCUAAGAAGCCAUUGCCCACAAGUCCCAUCCGGACACCACAGCUGAACCCCCCUCGAAAGCCGCUACCCCUGAAUCCCAUCCAGAAGGAAGGUCUUCUGGUAAAGACACCUUCUGCAAAUGCCAAACCUCCUGUGAUCAACUCAGCCAUGCAGAUAAAAGCUCCUUCAAGGCCGAAGCCAGGGAGCAGAGUUCAAGCAACGGUUGCAGCCUUUCUCCAGAAGCAAUGAUGUCGACAUCAAGCCAAGAAUAGGAAAUGACACCAGGAACUAGGAUAUAUACACCAUCCUGAUAUUUGCACUAUGAGGAUGAAAAUACCGUAAAUCUGCUGAGGUUUCCAUUUUGAAGCUGUUGACACAUCAAGGUUAAAUAAGGAACAGUGAUCAUACAGGACACCAAACAUCCCUUCAUUGUGUAUUGCACUGAAGUACUUCAUUGAGGAGCUUCCAAGGUCUCCUCAGAUUUAUUUGGAAUGAUCCAUGAAUUCCUAUAAUAGGACACUCCAUUGAUGUUCUGCUGGAUGUGAUUUGAGUAUUUCGAAGUCUUUCAUUAUUUCAGAGGACCAUUUUUAGACUUUGUCAGUGCCUUAUAGAAUUAGGACAUUAAGGAAUAUUGGGCAUAGAGGAACUGUGCUCAGAGCCAAAAAAAAUCUCAUCUUUCAUCCAUGUGUCCAUGAGGAAACUGAAGAAGAGUAAUAUCGCUCACCAUAACAUUCUAUAGCUUUCACAUUUCCCCUGACCUGACUUUUUCCAUGGUCCAGUGGAUUCUCAUGUGGACCUCUGAUGAUAUCUAUCACACUGGUAUGUCCAUGGCUUUUCAUUGGUUUGAGUUUUCAGUUCACGGGAAGAAGAUGCAAAGGAGUGAGAAGUCUUCGUGUAAUCUUCUUCAAAUUGAUGAGGUAAUGGAGAAAAGGAAUUCCUUUUACCAUGGCCCUCAUCAUCUUCGAUUGCAUGUUGUACAUUCUUAUUUCCAGGGAUUAUGGGUCCCUCAUUUUCACUUACUGCAAACCUUCAUCUAUGCACCAGCUUUAAUUCUUCAUGAAGGACUGUUCCUCUAGGAUAGGCACUGAAAGAACUAUAUUAUAUACUGUAUGUGUCCCUAUAUUUCCAGUUUACAUCUUUCUCUGAUAUCAUAGGAAAUAUAAACAGUGCAAUAUGGUCAGUAUAGUAUAUAUAUACAUAUAUGACCUGGUGCUGAUAUUCUGGUCAAGUUCUGUGGACCAGUGGUACCCCAGCAGUAGAUGUGCCAGGGGAUGCUCGGAGUUGAGGUUUUUCCACAGCAGACCACUGUUGUAGAUAUUAUCCAGUUGAUUUUACACUUUCCACCUAGGAUGUUUUAUGGUCACCAUAUACAUUGGUACUUUUAUGUGCUGGAGAAAUCGCAUACUUUUUAGAUAAUAAUAUGAGACGUGUACAUCUGCAUUGUUGAGAUUUAAGGUGUCCCUUUAAAUUAUUUAUUUGCUAUAGGAAUCCCUAUCGUCAGUCUACAGGCAGAAAGGCGUUAUAUGAUUGACUGGUGAUGUUGUUUCCAGUGUGUAUGGGUAAUAUCAGACAUUUAGGAAGCAAGUUCUAUAUUCUUAUGUUUAUUGACCACUCAAAGUAUGGGGGAUGGGCAUGGGGUCUGCACUGACGCCAGAUUAAAGAAUUGUAUGUAAUCCUCCUCCUGACCAUAGCGCUUCAUCCCUGCGUCUUGUGUAUUUCCUACUAUUGACCCCAGACUGCCGCACCCGGACAGCCUGACAGGUGCCCAGCCCAGUACUGCUGAAUGUUUACAAGGCCCUGAGCCGACUCUUGUUAGGAUGUGAUAAUCAUUUUGUAUUGUAUUUAAUUCUGUGGUACAGAAAAUAGUUUUGUUUUUAAUAAAUUACUUUUUUACGAGGA